UUUGGUUUGCUAAGCAGCAUCUCGGGAACAGCCCCCGUGCUACAUGUUGUUUCUUGCGCUGGAUAAUUGCCCAUGAUUGGUUCACAAAUCUUGCAAAGUGAAUGAAAACACAUGAAGGCCACUGAAGGGAGUAACAAGGCUCCCAGGUGGAUCCCGGACAGGAUGCUGCAGGUGGUGCAGGAAGGCAAUCUUGCCCCAUUUGUCAUCAACACAAUGAAAAGGGGUCGAAGAGACCGAGAGCGCCAGAGGACGCCACGGGCUCCACAUCCGCUUGGACUCCAGGAAAGGCGAUACAUCUGCGAAAGCCCUAAUCAUAGAGGGAAAGACUGCUCGUUCCUGGCCCAGAAAUGAGAUGAGAAAUCCAGGGCCCCGUACGGGAAGGACUUUUGCAAAGUCUGGACUCAACUGCCUUCGCAGCCCUUGAAGUCUCUUUAGGAAGGGCUGUGGGAGAACGAGGUUGGUUUAGGAGUUGGCCCCUGCCUUGUACUACGUAGUUUUGUCAUCCAAAGUGUUUUAGAAGUGAAUUAAAUCAUAUUUCCAUCUUAUUUUGAAACACUAUAGUUCGGAUAACUUAAAACCUUAUUAAUAGUCCUCAUAAUCA